CCCCAAUCGACAUGCCUCCCUCCAGCAUUCAGGAUUUUCUUUUCGAGCGCAUCGAAUUCUUUGCGCUGCGAAUUCCUUCAUCUAUCUUCCUCUGCGCCACUUCCGCGACCAUCGUUAUUUUGGGCUCACGCUACAAGCUCCAAAAUCCCAGCAAGGCCUCUUGCGUGCUUGACGAAGUGCUCACAUGGGUUGGUAACGCUGGUGUUAGACCAAGCGAGAACCUUUACCUUCACUGGCACCUCGCCGCGAUUUACGACGUCGCGACGAGAACAAGAGAUCCGAUGAUUCUUGACUCGUUCCCACAAGCCAUAUGCACCGCACAGAACACCACGCACGAGGGCCACCUGCUCGCAGACACCCUCGGCACAUACCGAUGCAUUUCGCACCAACACAUUACACCGCCAUUGGUGAUCCUGCCAGCAACGCUCAAUUGGCCCAACUUCGAUUCGUCCCUGCAUCCUUACCUCUCUGUCCUACAUUGGCUCAAUCGGCUUAUUCUUCUCGUCCCAAGGUACUUCGUCAUGCUCAAUGCAGAGACUGACGACCGAAGGAUAAUUUGGCUUGCCAUGUCGCUCGCCACAGCGGUACCUAUGUCGAUCGUGGAGCUCUCUGCCAACCAUCUCUGGGUCUUCUUCGGGCUCUACCUUCUCGUCUCCGAAGCUCCCAAGUCCCGUUCCUUGAGGUACUUGCCAAAGCACUACUCCAAAGCUUGGAAAAAGCGCAAGAUCUAUCUAUUCUUCUCUUUUUCGGGGAACGGGAUUUGUGUGACAAAGCUCACCGAAUAUCAAAGCUUCCAGCCUCAGAGAAGAAGGCUACUGCUGAGCGCCAUGAGCGACGGCUUCGGCAACUCAUGGAUGAUCUCUUAA